AUUUCAAAUGUUGUUGCGCACAAUGCUUAAUAACACAAGUGAACAUAACGAACUUUCUGCUCUGUUCGUAAAUCACGUAAAUCAUCGAUGCGAGUUGCCGUGAUUGUUGCAAAUAAUUGAUUCUGAUUGUCAAUUUUUACGUGUCUUCGGGAGAACAUGGCUACUUUGGAUGAUUCGAGUGAUUUUCCAAAUACAGAACUAAUAGAUCCGGAAGAUGAUCAAGCGAUUUCGAAAUUGGUACGAUAUUUACAAAAACAUAUUCAGAAAAGGCACUUGCUGCGAGAGGAGGGUAAUCAGAAACAGAUUAAUUUUAGAAAUACGUUGGUACAACUGGUACGCGAAUAUGAGUCAUUAAAACAUUGCAACAAUGAACAGAAAUUAAUAAUCUCUACGUUGGAGGGCCGAGUCUGUAAGUUGCAAAAUCAAAUCGAUGGCUUGUUAUGUAAAUUGAACAGUGCAUGUGAAGCUAUGAGGAGUAUGCAACAGGAAGUAAGAAAUAGGGAUAAGCAGCUAAAAGAACAAGAAAUAGAGAGACAAAGAAUAAUACAGAAAUACAAUGCUAGGAUAGAAGCUGAAGCUAAUAGAAUAACCAAAGAAAUGGAAAUAAAGUUACGCAAACAGCAAGAAUGGUUUGAAAGUUGCAUUAAAAAGAAAGAUGACAAAUUGAAAUUGGUGGGAAGUAUAUUGUCAUCCGUUCACGAUAAUGCGUCCGAUAAUGUAUUAAAGGCACCAACAGCUUCGGGAACAGAGUCUGUGGAAGAAUCGAUAUCCAACAAAAUAUCUUCCAUUACGUCUGCCGAGUCUCAAGUUUCCAAGAGUCUUCAUUGCGAAGUCCGCCAGAAUAUGUUUUUACGUGCAAGAAUCAAUGGCGCCAAAGAAAGAACCGUAGAGAAACCAAUCCCGAUGAUAUCGAAAAAAUCUUCACGUCCGAAAACAGAGGUCGUACAGGAAUCACUUCCAACGACGUCGAUCGAUCCGUCUCCGUCUACGAUUGCAUCGACCGAUAAUGUAGCUGAUACGAAAACUAAGUUGGAUACAAAAAUGACGAAAAGGGUAGCGUAUUUACAUGUAGAAAUCAAGAGGAGGCCGAGUAGAAGAUGUAAAAUUCCUGUAGUGAAUCCGAGAUAUCGAGCGAAAAGCGGAGAUAAAUGGAUAGAUCAUCGGCCCGCCGGGAUAGUUCCAAUCGGUACGAUCAUGCAGCCACAAACGCAGCCUCAUAAACAAACCGUUCAAAAGUUGACGAAUCCGAAGACCUUCAGGAAGAAAUCUGCCAAGUAUUGUCUGUUUGCACAAGAACAAGAUACAGAUGGUGAACUUGAGACCAAAUUGUACAAGGCUGAUGUAUUGCCUACAUGCGGAGGUGGAGCGCAGAUUGUAUUUAAUGACAUAGAAUAUUAA